AAUCGAAAUAAUUUUAAAUAAACUCUAGCACAAAAUGACACACAAUAAAUAUUAUUUGAUUCAAUUAAUUUUCAUUUUAGUUUGUAUUUCAAUUACGUUAACACAUGAUAAAGUAUUUAAUUCUCAACUUGAUUUCCGUGUUGACGGCGAUGGAUUUCAUAGGACGAUUAUUUAUCAUGUAACAUCUGAAGAAAUAGUUAACAAUGAUUGCUAUAUUGCAUUGUCGUUAAAUCUUCCGUCAGCGGUAUUCGUCAAUGUUGAUGAGUUUUCAGACGUGGACAAAUUUGGCAAUACAAAAGUAUGUUGUGUUGGAGAAACUGAUGUUGAAUUGUUUGCUGAAGCAGCAAAACCACAACAAAUAACUAUUUGCGCUAAUAAAUCUACAUCGAAUGAAUUUAAAUUAACACUUCAUCAAAGAUAUCAAAGAGCACGUUAUAAUGAAGAAUAUAUCAAUGUAACCCUCUCAAAACCAAAAUUGCUUUUUGGAUGUAAACAACGUAUUAGGGAAUACUCAGUAUCCAUAAUUGAUCUCUGUCAGCCCUGUGUAGAAUUAGCGUUAAAAUGGCGGGAAAUUCCAUAUACCACGAAGACUGGAAACUAUACUUGGAUAAUUCCUGUCGGGAAUUUGUCUCAUCAAGUUUACGUAACAUAUGUUACAUUAUUCAUAACAUUCAUGGGAAUGAUUUUUAUCAUAAAAGCACUUUUGCAAUCUAAUUCACACGAAUAUAUAAAAGAUGAAUAAAUUUUUAUACACAUUAGUGACUUUAUUCUUAUAAAUAAAAGUUAUUUACAGUAUAAAUACUUAUAAAAAAUAGAAACAUUUGCAUUGUGGCGAUAAAGAAAUGUAAGUUAUUUGAGAUCUUGUUGAGUAUUUUGAGAAUAUGAAAUACUA